AUGAAAAGCCUCCACCCACAAAAAACGUUUAAAACUUAUCACAUGUUGCAUUUACCAGAAAAUCUUAAAGUAGCUUUACACAAUUCUUUAGAAAAACGACAUUUUAUACUCAUAAAUCAUACAACAACAACCUCGCUUUACUUAGCAAUAGCAAUUAGCAUGUUAGAAAAAGUUUAUUAG